AUGGAUGUACAGACUGCUUUCCUUAACGGUUAUUUUGAUAAGGUUAUAUACAUGAAUCAGCCAGAGGGUUUUGUCUCCCCAGGAGAGGAAAAUAAGCUUAUAUCUCUUUCUCGCUAUCUUUCUCUCCUCUGCAUGGGCUCCAUCUUCUUCUCCGUCACCACUUUCUUCUUAUCCUUUACAAUCCUCGCAAAUUGCGAGACAAUCUACCAGGAAUUUAUCUACCCAAACUACUCUGCUUCAAGCUUCCAAUUCGUCGAUUCCCACGGCGUUUUCUUAAGAUCUCAAAAUGGAACCUUUAGUGCCGCCUUCUACAAUCCUGCCGGUCAGCAAUCCAAUUACUACCUCUGCGUUAUUCAUGUGGGUUCCGGCACCGUCAUAUGGUCAGCUCGUGAUUCCCCCAUUUCCAGAUAUGGGGGAAUUUCUCUUUCUCCAAAAGGUCUCACUGUAACUGACCUAGAUAGCGGCGGCGCCACCACCAUAAAAUGGUCAACGCCGCCGUUAAAUUCAUCCGUUACAGCGAUGCAUCUCACCGACAUCGGCAAUCUUGUAUUACUCGAUCAUUCCAACCAUUCUAUUUGGCAAAGCUUCGAUAACGCAACCGAUACUAUUGUGAUGGGGCAACAACUCUCGGUCGGUUCUUCCUUGAGUGCUUUCUCUGGUUCUGAUUUAUCACUUGGGGAUUACCAGUUUUUGGUUGGAAAUUAUGAUGGAUUGCUUCAAUGGAAAGGGUUAACCUAUUGGAAGCUGUCUAUGGAACAAACUGCUUAUUGCAAUGCGAUUGCUCCGAUCUCUUACAUGGUCUUAAAUGCUACAGGGCUUUUUCUUCUUGGUGAAAGUGGAUCUAUAGUUGUGAUUCAGGUGAGUUUGUCUCCAACAGCGCAAUUCCGAAUUGCGAAAUUGGAUUCUGGAGGACAAUUCAGUGUCAAAAGCUUCUCUCCUCCUAGUAAAUGGACUCAGGAAUUCAUAACACCAAGUGAUAGUUGCCAAAUUCCUUACAUCUGUGGUUCAAUGGGGUUGUGCACAGCUUCUGCUGGAUCAGGGCUAGGUGUUUGUUCAUGUCCUACGGGGUUUCGCAGCAUCAAUCAAGAUACCAGACAAGGUUGCUUGCCAUCAGAUCAAACUCAUUCCUUGGCUGCUCCUUGUAAUUCUAAUUCAUCAAGAAAUAACACUGGUAGUGUUCAAUCGAAUUCAUCGAUGACGAAUUUAUCUUACACCAGUCUAGGUGACGGCCUGAGCUACUUUGAAAAUAUUUUCUCAGAUCCAAUUAAGUAUGUGAAUUUUUCUUACUGCCAACUUCUCUGCUCGAACUGUACUUGUAGGGGAUUUUUCUAUUCCAAUUCCUCUGGUUCUUGUUUUCUGCUUGAAAAUCAAAUGGGCUCCUUAUUCGUACCCCCAACUGGCAGUGUUAAUUCAUCUGGAUACAUUAAGGUGAUGGUUAGAUCAUCUUUGGUGGUUCCAGAUGGGAACACAUCUGGAAAACAAAGUUCAAAAGCUACCCCAGUGGUUGCUCUGGUUCUCUUACCUUCAACAGGGUUCUUUUUGUUGAUUAUUUUGCUCCUGAGUAUACUCUGGUGGAGAAAGCGUAAGCUUUCAACACAUUCGAAACUAGACCGCCGAAGUUCAACUUCUUCACUGGAGCUUGAUGAGCUCUUCUUAUCCAUCCCUGGUUUACCUGUGAGAUUCGAUUACCAAGUUCUUGAAGCUGCAACCAAUUAUUUUGAGAAUCAAAUCGGUUCAGGUGGAUUUGGGUCUGUUUACAAGGGUGUUCUUCCUGAUAAAUCUAUUAUUGCAGUGAAGAAAAUAAACCAUGUAGGUUCUCAAGGGAGGAAGGAAUUCUUUACAGAGAUUGCAGUAAUUGGUAACAUCCACCAUAUUAACUUGGUUAAGCUAAAGGGCUUCUGUGCUGGAAGGCAAGAACAGCUUCUGGUCUAUGAGUACAUGAACAGGGGAUCACUGGACAGAACACUCUUCGGUAAUGGACCUGUACUAGAAUGGAAAGAGAGGUUUGAGAUUGCAUUGGGGACAGCUAGAGGUCUUGCAUACUUGCACAGUGGGUGUGAGCAGAAGAUCAUACAUUGUGAUGUCAAACCUGAGAACAUUCUCUUACAUGAUCAUUCCCAAGUGAAGAUCUCAGAUUUUGGGCUAUCAAAGCUUCUCAGCCCUGAGCAGUCUAGCCAUUUCACGACGAUGAGGGGGACACGCGGUUAUCUUGCACCGGAAUGGCUCACGAGUUCAUCAAUCUCAGAGAAGACUGAUGUCUAUAGUUAUGGCAUGGUAAUACUUGAGCUUAUCAGAGGAAGGAAGAAUUCUUCUAUGCAAACUCAAACCACUAGUAAUGAAAAUGGAAGCAGUGGUGACUCAUCAACUGUGUCAUCUAUGAUGGGUCCUGUUUAUUUUCCAUUAUAUGCAUUGGAGAUGCAUGAACAAGGGAGUUAUUUGGAGCUUGCAGACCCAAGGCUUGAAGGAAGAGUGACAAGUGAAGAUGUGGAGAAGCUUGUGCGUGUGGCUUUGUGUUGUGUCCAUGAGGAGCCAAUGUUAAGGCCUAACAUGGUUAAUGUGGUAGCUAUGUUAGAAGGUGGAAUUUCUUUAGGGAUUCCAAGGCUUGAAUCCUUGAACUUCUUGAGGUUCUAUGGCCGGCGGUUCACCGAGGCAUCGAUGAUAGAAGGAUCUAAUGGAGUCAAUGCAAUAAGGCCAUAUCCACAAGGAUAUACAGGUUUAACAAGUAACUCAAGUAGUUCAUAUCCAUCUCUUUCUUACAUUUCUUCACAGGAGGUCUCUGGCCCAAGGUAAUGCAGUUCAUAAGUGUUUGUGUUAAGUCAAUUUGAGUGAAUCUGCUUAGCUCAAUUG